CGGCGGGGCGGCGGCGGCAGCGGCCAGAGCCAGGCCCGAGGAGGCGGAGCGGGACCCUUUCCCCCCUUGACGGCUGCCUCCGCCGCCAGCAUGAAGCUCGUGAGGAAGGACAUCGAGAAGGACAACGCGGGCCAGGUGACUCUGGUGCCCGAGGAGCCCGAGGACAUGUGGCACACUUACAAUCUUCUGCAGGUGGGCGACAGCCUGCGUGCCUCCACCAUCCGCAAGGUGCAGACCGAGUCCUCCACGGGCAGCGUGGGCAGCAACCGCGUGCGCACCACGCUCACACUCUGCGUGGAGACCAUCGACUUCGACUCGCAGGCGUGCCAGCUGCGGGUCAAGGGCACCAACAUCCAGGAGAACGAGUAUGUCAAGAUGGGGGCCUACCACACCAUCGAGUUGGAGCCCAACCGCCAAUUCACCCUGGCCAAGAAGCAGUGGGACAGCGUGGUCCUGGAGCGCAUCGAGCAGGCAUGCGACCCGGCGUGGAGCGCGGACGUGGCCGCAGUGGUCAUGCAGGAAGGCCUCGCUCACAUCUGCCUUGUCACGCCUAGCAUGACCCUCACCCGAGCCAAGGUGGAGGUGAACAUCCCCCGCAAGCGCCGGGGCAACUGCUCACAGCACGACCGGGCCCUGGAGCGCUUCUACGAGCAGGUGGUCCAGGCCAUCCAGCGCCACAUUCACUUCGACGUGGUCAAGUGCGUCCUGGUGGCCAGCCCCGGCUUUGUGAGGGAGCAGUUCUGCGACUACAUGUUCCAGCAGGCCGUGAAGACGGACAACAAGCUGCUGCUGGAAAACCGGUCCAAAUUCCUUCAGGUGCAUGCCUCUUCUGGGCACAAAUACUCACUGAAAGAGGCCCUUUGUGAUCCUACUGUGGCCAGUCGCCUCUCAGACACCAAGGCUGCUGGUGAAGUAAAAGCCUUAGAUGACUUCUACAAGAUGUUGCAACAUGAACCUGACCGAGCUUUCUAUGGACUCAAGCAGGUGGAGAAGGCCAAUGAGGCUCUGGCAAUUGACACACUGCUCAUCAGUGAUGAGCUGUUCAGACACCAGGAUGUAGCCACCCGAAGCAGAUAUGUGAAAUUGGUGGACAGUGUCAGAGAGAAUGCAGGCACAGUUCGGAUAUUUUCUAGUCUUCAUGUAUCUGGGGAGCAGCUCAGCCAGUUGACUGGAGUUGCUGCCAUUCUGCGCUUCCCUGUCCCUGAUCUUUCUGAUCAGGAGUCUGGUUCAAGUUCUGAAGAGGAUUAAUGAUUGGCACUUGUAAAAAGAGACCAUUUAUUGCCCAACUUCUUCACUUACAUAAACUAAUAUAUAAAACAGAUGUUCUUAAAUCCAGUAUGAAAGCUGCUAGGAGGUUCUGUUUCAUUUCCAUGAGAGAGUUUUUCUUGUCAGGCUAAUCUAUUACUGUUGGAAGAUCUAUACAACUAGAAAAUAAAGAGAAAAUUAAUGUCUUAAUUUUAUCCUUAUUCACAUUACUAUCACUUUAGGGGGAAAAUCUCCUAGAGAUAGAGUAAAUAGUUUGAUAAUUAGAGGAGAAAAAGAUGUGUUUCUAUUAUAUCAGCUGCAUUCAGUGUGUACUGUACUGGGGAUAAACUACUGGUUUUGUUUUUACUUUAUUUUCAGAGCGCUUUACAGUAAUUUUACCUAGUCUUCAAAAAUGGCUAGAAAGUGUUUUUGGAAACUGGAUAGAAAAUUCACUAAAGAAAACUUAAAAACUGACAUUACAAGAAUUGAAUGAGAUAGUUUCUAACAUGCCAAGAAGCCACUGUCCUUAAGUUAACUUUAUGCUAUACUUAGCUUACUAUUCAUAGUUUUAGAACAGAAAGGAACUUUUUUAACUAUAACACUUGAUUUUACAAAUGUUAAACUCAGGCCCAAAGAGGAUAAGGUAACUUCUCUGAGGUCAAGCAGCUCAACAGUAGCAAAGGUCAUAGUGCAAUCCAACUUUGACUUCACAUACAGUGGUCUUUCUGUUUAUGCCAUGUACUUGUUUUGAUUUGUCAGAUUUAUUAAUCGUUAAAUUAUUAGAAUGUCAAAUUGUCUGCCUUUAACUUGGAGUCUUUAAAGCAGUAUUUUCUAUAUUCUAAACAAUUUUGAUUUAGUCAUGCAAAUGCUUCAUGAUUGAACAGAACCCAUGUGGAGCAAAAUAAUGACAACGUAUUUGACCUAGUUUAUAAUUGAAAAGGGAUGAUAGGUAAUUCACUACAAUGUCAGCAAAAUGGUCUACUGUUUGAAAUGGUAAAUUGUAUUUUGCUUAUGGUUUUGGGGCAUCAGGUAGAAUAUUUUUGACAUUCAUUGACUCAUUUCAAAAUAAUAUGGUUUAUUUUCUGUUCUGACAGCUGGCAUGUGUAAAUACAAUCUACUAACAAUUAAUUCUAACUACUAUUCUAGCCAGUAUUUUACAUGUGCCUUCCCAGUAAAUUUUUUUACAAAGUUGCUAACUCUGUGUAAAAAUAGAUCUUCUAAAUCCAGGCUUUUCUACCACUCUACAAUGUCUCCUUUUUUAAGCCCUUUCCACCCCCCCAAAAAAGUUGUUAUAUUCCCCUUCCUACACACACACAUUCUAAAUAAGCUUAUAUCAUACUUGAAUCUGAUAUGGAUAGUUUCACUUAACCUCUACAAUACUUCAUUUCCAAAUGCAGCAAAACAUUAGGAUGAUAUCUGUGAUAUUAGUUUAUGCUAAGUAACUAAAUUCAGGGGAAAAACUGGAUUAUUCCUCCAGUAAUUUUGACCAUUGCUUCGCACUUUUCAGGAAGGCAUGUCCUACAGUUCAGAAACUUCUGCCUUAAACCAAAAUGUUUUAUGUUACCAAAUGGUCAAUAAUGUGCUCAUACGUUGGCCUUGCUUUAUACAAAAUUUAGUCUUUAAAGAUAGCCAUAACAAUAUUAGGAAAUUAUAAGAGGCCAUUCAAAAGUCAGGAAGAACUAAAUUCAAGUACAAUUUCUGAAGUGCUAUUCUCCUGAACCUGUCAUUUAAUCUCUCAGGCAACUCUUUUAGACUAAAUUGCUGAAUAGUUUCCAGUCUGCUUUUGUUUCAUCCAGAGAAUUUGCUCACUAAAAAUUCUCUUCAUUAGUGAAAUAAUGUGCCCUACUCCCCUGCCCCCCAAAAGGCAUUUAAAUCAUGAAUUGUUUCCUUAUGUUCAGAUUGUAAUUCUUUUCAAAAUCCCAUAGUAAUCAAAUACAUAACUGAAAAAGUUCUCUAAUAAUUUGUAUAACAAAUAAUAAAAUUAGCAUUAACAUCCCUAUUUCCAAAUCUCCCUUUAAAAACAGGAGUAUUUUGGGAGUAGUUUAAUUUUCUUUUCAAUCUGAGCAAAGAAAAUCAUGAAAUGUUUUAUUUAAAGAGCAUCUGUGGAAUUUGCAGGAUUCAGAAAAGGAGAGGGUUCCCAAGAGGGUGGAAGAUCUAGAGGGCCUUGAAUUUAAACAUGCCAUUGGUUAAGAACCAAAUAUUUCAAGUAACAUAAUGGUUUCUUUUAUGUCUUAAAAUUCAACGGACUUGAAUUCUUGCUGCCUUUUAUAACUUUAUAACUUUGGUGUACAAAUAUUUAUCUUUUUUGAUUUGAAACAAUUUUAAGCUUGUUUUGGUUUGCCUUGGAUUUCUGCAGUGCAAUGGUGCUUUACUUUAGUAUACUCAUUUUUGGAAGAAAAAAGUUUAGAAAAGCUCUUGAAAUAAAAAUAUUUUAAACUCUUAAAA